GAAAAAUUUGACAUUUCAACAUUAUCUAUUACCUUCUAAAGAUUUGGACUAGAGGAAAAGUGAAAAAAUAAAGAGACAAAUUCAGCAGAAUGUGAUGCUCCAUGAACCAUUUUUGUCAAACAAGAAUAUCCCGUCGUCCUUCAACCACGUAAUGCCGCCACCUACUACCACCAUCUUGACCACCUCAAGCCGCCAGAGCCCCAGUUAACUCUCAAUCUUCAAGACGCUUCCGUUUCCCCGAAAACUCAAUACAAAAGAAAUGCGUGACAACCCACAAACUUCGUUUGCAACUGACCUGGUGAACAACCCCGAAAUGCCCUCCACCAUUACCCAUAAUUUCCCUGACGAGCCCACUUCCUCUUCUCUUUUCGACUGGUCCGAUUUUCUCGAAUUCGAGCUUGAUGAUAGUAUAAAUCUGUCCUUUGAUCCCAUUAACCCACAUCAAAUGAUCCCAGAAUCGGGAAUUGAAACCGGAGUAGAUGAGGGUCAAAGUCAAGAGACUGUUAUUCCGGGUCGGGUCAGGAAGAGGGACCCGACAUUGGUUUGUCCGAACUUUUUGGCGGGUCGGAUCCCCUGCGCGUGCCCGGAGCUGGAUGAGAAGUUGGAGGAGGAAGAUGAGAUGGGCGGGGUUCGCUCAGGGAAGAAGCGGGUCCGGACUCUGAGAGUUUCGGGUGGUGGCGCUCCAGCUCGUUGUCAGGUGCCUGAAUGCGAAGCGGAUAUUAGUGAGCUCAAAGGGUAUCAUAAGAGGCACAGAAUUUGCUUGCGAUGUGCGAAUGCAAGCUCGGUGAUUCUUGACGGGGAGAGCAAGAGAUAUUGCCAGCAGUGUGGAAAGUUUCAUAUUUUGUCAGAUUUUGACGAGGGUAAACGGAGUUGCCGGAGAAAAUUAGAACGUCACAACAGACGCCGAAGAAAACCUAACGAUACUAAAGGCAGUUUUGAGAUGGAACCUCAACAGGGCACCUUAACUGAUAAUGUCAGCGGUGACAAUGACACUGGGAAAGGUAUCGUUGACUGGUAUCAACAUUCUGCGAAAAUGUAUAUGAUGCACUUAAGCAGUCAAAUACCAGAAAGGGAAUUUUUGUUGGAAUCAGAAGGGCAUGCAUUAUCUGCAGGUUCUGUUGAAACUCACAAUGAUGAGGAUAAAGAGAACCAAAAAUACACGAACUCCACAUCCUAUCGUGAAAAUAAGAGUGCUUUCUCCUCUUUGUGUCCUACUGGUCGAAUCUCCUUCAAGCUCUACGAUUGGAACCCUGCAGAGUUUCCUCGGCGACUUCGGCAUCAAAUAUUUGAAUGGUUGGCUAGCAUGCCCGUUGAAUUGGAAGGGUAUAUCCGACCGGGUUGUACAAUUUUGACAGCUUUUGUUGCAAUGCCAAAGUUUAUGUGGGUUAAGUUAUUGGAAGAGUCUGCCGUACGUAUACAAGACCUUGUUUUCUCACCUGGAAACAUGCUAUCUGGAAGAGGCACAAUGCUUGUUUAUCUUAAUGACAUGAUAUUUCGUGUCACAAAAGAUGGAGCUUCUGUGGUGAAAGUCAAGGUCAAGGGACAAGCUCCAAAGAUACAUUAUAUUCAUCCAACAUGCUUUGAGGCUGGCAAGCCUUUAGAGUUUGUUGCCUGUGGAAGUAAUCUACUUCAACCAAACUUUCGGUUUCUUGUAUCCUUUGCUGGCCGAUACCUUGCGUAUGAUAUUAGUGUUUCAUCGGUUGCUUGCAAGAGUGAAGGGGACAGGAGUAGUUUAGAUCAUCAAUUAUUGAAGAUACAUGUCCCUCAAACUGACCCAGAUAUUUUUGGCCCAGCGUUUAUUGAGGUUGAGAAUCAAUCUGGCUUAUCCAACUUCAUUCCAAUUCUUAUUGGUGACAAAGAAAUUUGUGCUGAAAUGGCAAUUAUGCAACAAAAGUAUGAUUCAUCUCUUUGCUCUGAUGGACACCAGUUUGCAGCUCCAACAUUGGCAUGUCAAGUUUAUGCCUUGAGACAGACAGAAUUCUACGAGUUUUUGUUGGAAGUUGCAUGGUCACUCAAACCCAUGUUAGAACCACAUAUGACGGCUGCUCAGAUGCAUAGAAUCAACUACUUAUUGAGCUUUUUGAUAGAAAAAGAGUCUACAACCAUUUUAGGCAGAAUAUUGUACCGAAUGAAAACUGUAACAGAUAAGAAUUUGAUUACGAAUGUGCCUAUUGCUGAUAUGAGGAUAUUUCAGGAGCACUUGAAUAAUGCAAGAAAUCUACUUCGUCAGAAAUUACAGGAAAAAGACUACCUAGUGACGCAUGUGACAGAUGGAAAUGAUUUUAGUCAAAGUUCCCAAAAUGAUUUUCGAAUCGAUGUUCGAGCUGCCAUUCACGUGUGGACUUCAUAUUUUGUGCAUAAAUUUCUAGUGGAAAAAUUGCAGAAGGAUCUUGAACCAAUUUCUCUAGUAGCUUGGUCUCCAACCUUUGAAAGGGAGCAGGUAGGCCCUUGAACUUCAAUUAUAGCUGUACAAUCAGUCCUCGGGGCAAAGCAUCCAAAUCUCUGUUAAACGUCACGUGGCCCUCGUGAAAAUAUGCUUUUCUUCAAAUUUCUGAACACUGGCCUUCAUAAAGUUGGGCAUAUGAGGUUUACAUGACAAAAUAAUGGAGGUUUGGAAGCUUUCCAUAAUUGAGGAGUGACUUUGCUACUAUAAUGGAAGGUUGAAGGUGGAUUUGCUCCUUUUUAAAGUUUCCGUACCAAUUUGC